CAACAACACCAAACUACCUUAUUUCUUACCUACUCUCAUCUUCAGCACUUCCGAUACCAAUUCUUCUCUCACGCUCACACUGAUUUCUGUUUCGCUGCUCUAACAGCUAUGACUUUGUUACUUUCGACCCUAUAACUCUGAUUUUCCCUUCGCCGGCCCAUCCGGCUCAUCGCAGGCCUGUCCCUCCAGCCAACCUGUUGUUGACGUCAAUCCGCCCUUGACAACGAACCAUGGGUCCAAACAAGAUCACACUGCCAGACUCGGACGACGAGUCUCCGCGGAAUGCUCUGCUCAACUCAUGGCAUCCUCACCGGAACUCCAUCUCCACCGGUCGAUCCUCUCCCUACCAUGCGCCUAGCCGUUCUAUGGCCUGGAGGGAUGAGAUGAUACGAAACGCCGAGAAGACCAGUCGGAGAGUCAAGAAGAUCUGGGGGAAGCUCUCCUGGAUACAACGCAUCCUAGUCGUCGCCGCGCUGGUCGCAUUAAACGCUCUCCUGAUCCUCUUCCUCAUCUUCAACGAACGCAUCUUCAGCUUUUUAGAACCACUCGCCGAACGGUGGAAACAUACAAGAGGAGGCUGGUUGAUUUUGUGGUCUAUGACAUUUGUCGCCGCAUUUCCUCCUAUGAUCGGCUACUCAACAUGUGGUACUAUGGCCGGUUUCGUCUACGGCGUCUGGGAAGGUUGGGCUAUUCUCGCCACUUCAACCGUAGCAGGUUCAGUCUGUUCUUUCCUCGUCUCCCGCACCGUCCUUCGCAAAUGGGUCGACCGCCUCGUCGCCAACGACAAGCGCUUUGCGGCCUUCACCCUCAUCCUCAAACAUGACGGUCUCAAGCUCCUUUGCAUGAUUCGACUCUGUCCGCUACCAUAUUCUAUCAGCAACGCCGCCUUGUCCACUUUCCCCACCAUUCACCCCGUAUCCUAUGCCGUUGCCACAGCUCUAGUCACUCCCAAGCUCUUCAUCCCUGUCUUCAUUGGCUCGCGCUUAGCUGUCAUCGCUCGCACUGCAGAGAAAAUGACAGUCACAGACCGUGUUGUCAACUACUCGGGAAUUGCAAUUGGCGCCAUCGUAGGAGUCACCACUGGUUGGUACAUCUACCGUAAGACGAUGGCCCGAGCCAAGGAACUCGAAGCAGAAGAAGCAAAUCUCAUCCAUGAUUCCACUCGACGAACAGGCCACAUCCCUAGAGAGUUUGCCGACGACCCAGACACAGAGGCAGCUGCGGAGGUCAUCGCAAGGGAGGAUCUAGAUGCGCCCGAUUACUUCGACGAGAGUCCAGAAGACGAGCGGCCAGAACCUCAAUAUCACGAUGACCCAACCGAUGACGAAUCAGAUGUAUUCGGAACAGGCGACGGAGACGAGGACGAACCCAUCAUUGCCAAUAUAAGUCUCCACCAGACAAAGAGAUAGUGUCGUCGUCUUGACUACUGGGGAGAACCCCGGUUGGAUCGGGACGGGACAGGACAGGAUCAUGUAAUUCAGCACAUGAUUUGAAUGUGUGUAUAGGAUACGACUGGGCCACGAACGACGCAUAUUUAUACACUCGAUGUAACGAACGGAAUGAAAACCACCAGGAUCACCACCACCACCACCACCACCACCACCACAACACCAUCAACACUUGCUCUGUAUAGAUAGAGAAAGACUAUAAAAAGGCUUCAAUUGCAAAAGGAAUCAAAAGGAUUCUGGACUUCUGAAAACUUCUCCCAAGUGUGUGCCAUCUAUUACUUGAAAAGAUAUGCUUGCUUUUGAUUUAUGUAGUUGUUCGGCUCGGUCAUGUCCAUGUCCAUUUGGUCCAU